AUGCUCAACGAAUUGAACGAAGAAGGGAAGGAAAUAGGACUGCGAAUAAACAGGAAGAAGACACAGUUCGUAAAGAACGUCUAUUGCGAGGACGAAGGAGUACAAGUUGAAGGCUCCCAAAUCGUGGAAACUUCGUCAUACGUAUACCUCGGACGUUCUAUGAACAUGGAAAACGACUUGAAGGAAGAACUGAAUAGAAGAAUGAGAGCAGCAUGGGCAGCAUUCGCAGCCGUCAGGGAAGCUACGGACCAACUGACGAACUAA